AUGAGCCGCCAGCUGAGCCACUGCCCCGGCGGGGAGCGCCUGGGCUUCAGCGGCUGCUCGGCCGUCCUGUCGGGCCGUCUCAGCAGUAGCUCCGCCUCGUUCAGGGCUGGGGUCAAGGGCUCGGCCGCCUUCGGGAGCAAGAGCCUCUUCAGCCUGGGGGGCGGCCGGCGCCUGGCGCUCAGCGCUGUGGCCGGGCGCGGCGGCGGCCGCCUGGGCGGCUUCGUGGGCACCGUCUUCGGCAGCGCAGGGAUGGGGCCCGCGUGUCCGUCCGUGUGCCCCCCCGGGGGCAUCCCUCAGGUCACCGUUAACAAGAGCCUCUUGGCCCCCCUCAACGUGGAGCUGGACCCCGAGAUCCAGAAGGUGCGCGCCCAGGAGCGGGAGCAGAUCAAGGCGCUGAACAACAAGUUUGCCUCCUUCAUUGACAAGGUGCGGUUCCUGGAGCAGCAGAACCAGGUGUUGGAGACAAAGUGGAACCUGCUGCAGCAGCUAGACCUGAACAACUGCAGGAAGAGCCUGGAGGCCAUUUAUGAGGGCUACAGCAGCAACCUGCGGAGGCAGCUGGACACGCUGUCUGGGGACAGGGUGAGGCUAGACUCGGAGCUGAGGAGCAUGCAGGAUUUGGUGGAGGACUACAAGAAGAGGUAUGAGGUGGAGAUUAAUAGACGCACAGCUGCUGAGAAUGAGUUCGUGGUGCUCAAGAAGGAUGUGGAUGCGGCCUACAUGAACAAGGUUGAGCUCCAGGCCAAGGUGGACUCCUUGACGGACGAGAUUAAAUUCUUCAAGUGCCUCUAUGAAGGGGAGAUUGCUCAGAUCCAGUCCCACAUCAGCGACACAUCUGUCAUCCUGUCUAUGGACAACAACCGGGACCUGGACCUGGACAGCAUCAUUGAUGAGGUCCGUGCCCAGUACGAGGAGAUCGCCCUGAAGAGCAAGGCUGAAGCUGAGGACCUGUACCAGAGCAAGAUCCAGGAGCUACAGGUGAUGGCAGGCCAGCAUGGGGAUGACCUCAAACUCACCAAAGCUGAGAUCUCGGAGCUCAACCGGCUGAUCCAGAGGAUCCGCUCAGAGAUAGGGAAUGUGAAGAAGCAGUGCUCCAACCUAGAGACGGCCAUUGCCGACGCUGAGCAGCGGGGCGACUGUGCCCUGAAGGAUGCCCGGGCCAAGCUGGACGAGCUGGAGGGCGCCCUGCACCAGGCCAAGGAGGAGCUGGCCCGGAUGCUGCGCGACUACCAGGAGCUCCUGAGCAUGAAGCUGGCCCUAGACAUGGAGAUCGCCACCUACCGCAAGCUGCUGGAAGGAGAGGAGUGCAGGAUGUCUGGUGAAUAUCCAAACUCCGUGAGCAUCUCUGUCAUCAGCAGCACCAAUGCUGGGACAGGAGGGGCUGGUUUCAGUGUGGGCUUUGGCGCCUUGAGCAGUUACAGCUACAAACCUGCAGUGGCAGACGUCAAGACCAAAGGCAGCUGUGGCGGCGAGUUCAAGGAUCCCCUAGCCAAAACCUUGGGCAGCAGCUGUGCAGCCAAAAAGGCCUCCAGAUGA